UUGUCUUUUUAAAUUACAAUCUUUAGUUUUUGAGAUUUGUUGGAGUGAUUUGGACUUCUGGGCCACCGUAGUUUCCCUAAACCUCAGCACAAUCGAUCAUGUAUGGAAGCCUGAAGGAACAAUACUGUUCAGUGUUGGAGCCAGACUCGGACAAAGGAGGUGUGGUGACUCCCAAAGGCGGCGGCGGCGGCGGCGUCACUGUUUUUACCAACACCAGCAUUGUUCGGCCCACAAUGGAGCCCUUUGAAGCCCCCCCCCCUCGCUUUGUCGUCAUUUUUUAAAUUUUCAGCCAUAUGCCGUCAGCUUGACCUCAUCCCUCCGGCAUGUUGACCUCUCAUGGACAGGUGGCGGCGGCGGCGGGGUGUACACGGCAAAACUCAAAGAUCCAAUUUGUCUGUGAUGAGAAUCCCCAUCCACCAGAGACCAAAGGCCCGUUCCUUCUGAGAGGAAGUGAUGUCACGCCACCACCACCGCUUCGAGCGGGACUACCGGGCGCCUUGGGAGCGCAGGGACAGCAUCCGUCCCUCCGUCCUCCACAACGGAGGAGCCAACCAUAGCUGUGCCUCCGCCGUCGUCAAUGGCAACAACCGUCCAGGGCUUCUCCCCCUCCCGGUGAUCCCCUCCCUCCUCCCCACCCCGGUUACAGUUGCCGUGACAACGUCGAGCAGCGACAUAGCGGUCAAGCGAGGCAUCACGGGGACAGGAUCCGGGGCUCCGGCGACAGCCAAGGUCUCAGGACUGUCUCCCGGAGACGGCCAGACUCCAGGACUACUGCUGGCCCCGGGGGUGAGGUGGGGUCAGACGCCCAUCAACCAGCUCACGCCAUGGGACACCGACGAGCCCCCCGCCAAGCAGCACCGAGACGGUGACCCAUCAGGUCCCAGCUGGGCAGCUCAGGUAGCAGCGGUCAGCCAGUCGAGCCUGCUUCCCCACACCUACGCCCUUCCACAGCCGCCGUCAUUCAACCACAGCGUGACCGCGCAGUCCCCCAUUAUUGGGGUCACCCCAUCCAUCCAAACGCCGGUGCACCCCACCGGCCACCCUCUGAUGACCGCCCACUUCCAACUGACGCCGCAGUCCACCCAGCAGCCGCCCUCCAUGGUCCUGAGCAUGCCGAGCCAACCUCCGUUCGCCGCAGCCCAGCCGACGGUCACGCCGUCCGCACUCGCCGGCCAAGCCAACCAAGUGAUUCAUCCAAACCCUCACAGCAUUAUGGGCAAUGGUCACUUAACCUCUCACCCCAGUCUCCUCCAGCACCCCGCCCUACCGCUCACCAACGGACAGGCUGCUGCGGUGCAGCCCACCUGUGCAGACAGUAUAGACGGUCCGAAUGGGCUGCAAAUGCUGAGGACUGUUGGGAGUGGAAAGUAUGAGUUCAGUGACCCGGGACACCCUAAAGAGAUGUUGAAGGAGUUGAACCAGCAGCGCAGAGCGAAAGAGUUUACAGACCUGAAAAUAAUUGUUGAAGGCAAAGAGUUUGAAGUCCACCAAAAUGUUCUAGCUUCCUGCAGCUUGUAUUUCAAGGACCUGGUGAAAAGGUCGUCGGGGGAGACUAGGAACGGGGAGAUGCUGGAGCUGACCAUGAGCAACAUCGGCGCAGACGUGCUGGAGCUGCUACUCGAGUUCGUCUACACCGGCUCGCUGGUCAUCGAUUCGGCCAACGCCAAGACGCUGUUGGAGGCCGCCAACAAGUUCCAGUUCAACACCUUCUGCAAAGUCUGUGUCUCGUUCUUAGAGAAACAGCUGACUGCGGCGAACUGUCUGGGAGUGCUGGCGAUGGCCGAGGCCAUGCGGUGCACGGAGCUCCACAACAUGGCCAAAGCAUUCGCUCUGCAGAACUUCCCUGAGGUGGCCGGUCAGGAGGAGAUUCUGAGCGUCUCCAAGGAGGACCUGGUGGCCUAUCUGUCCAACGACAGUCUAAACACAAAGGCGGAGGAGCUGGUCUACGAGACUGUCAUCAAGUGGAUCAAACAGGACCCUAACACCAGAGUGCAGCAUCUGUCGGAGCUGCUGGCGGUGGUGCGUCUUCCCUUCAUCCAUCCGUCCUAUCUGCUCAACGUCGUCGACAACGAGGAACUGAUCAAAUCCUCGGAGGCGUGCCGAGAUCUGGUCAACGAAGCCAAGCGGUAUCACAUGUUGCCCCACGCGAGGCAGGAAAUGCAGACGCCCCGGACCCGGCCGAGACUCUCCGCAGGUGUUGCAGAGGUGAUAGUUCUGGUGGGGGGGCGUCAGACCAUCGGCAUGAACCAGCGCUCUUUGACAGCAGUCACCUGUUUCAACCCCCAGAACAGUAAGUGGUACCCGCUGGCCAGCCUGCCCUUCUACGACCGCGAGUUCUUCAGCGUCAUCUCGGCGGGAGACAACAUCUACCUGUCAGGUGGAACAGAGUCGGGCGUGAUGGUGGCGGAUGUUUGGUGCUACAUGUCGCUGCUGGACAACUGGAAUCUGGUGUCCCGGAUGACCGUGGCUCGCUGCCGACACAACAGCUUGGUUUAUGACGGCAAACUGUACACCAUCGGAGGACUGGGCGUGUCGGGGAACCUGGACCACGUGGAGAGGUAUGACACCAUCACAAACACCUGGGAGACGGUGUCUCCUCUCCCAAAGCCGGUCCACUCCGCAGCAGCUACGGUGUGCGGAGGGAAGAUCUACGUGUUCGGGGGAGUGAACGAGGCUGGGCGCUCGGCGGGGGUCCUGCAGUCCUACGAACCUCAGAGCAACAGCUGGAGCUUCAUCGAGUCCCCCAUGAUAGAUAACAAAUAUGCCCCUGCAGUGAGUCUAAACGGUUUUAUAUUCAUCCUGGGAGGAGCCUACGCUCGAGCUACCACUAUCUAUGACCCCGACAAAGGCAACAUCAAGGCUGGCCCCAACAUGAAUCACUCACGGCAGUUCUGCAGCGCCGUCGUCCUGGACGGGAAGAUCUACGCCACAGGCGGCAUCGUCAGCAGCGAAGGCCCCGCCCUGGGCAACAUGGAGACGUUUGACCCCUGCAGCAACUCUUGGACGCUCCUGCAGUCGCUGCCCUGUCCGCUCUUCAGACACGGCUGCGUGGUCAUUAAGAAGUACAUCCAGAGCGGCUGAGGCGGCCGGACCGCGCCGAUGCCAAACGCCGGCUGAGCUCCAGCUGUGGAUCAGGAGCUCAGCCGCCACCCCCCCCUCAAAUAAAAGCCUGAGCAGAAUGUACUCAUGUUCAGCCAACGCCAGGCGGCGAUGCCUAAACUCCAGCACUGUAUGGUUGUAGUUCAUCCGUUCAUCCAGCAGGGGCACUCUUAGUAAUUUUGAAGAAUCAUCAGAUUGUUUCGUCUUGAACCAGAGCCAUAGCGGAUCCACAGCUAGCUAAAAAGUCUGUAGCUUCCAUAGAUGUGGGUCUUUUUUUUCUUUUCAUCCCUGAUGUUCUCCGCUCUCCUGCAGGAAUUCCUAAGGUGAGGAUUUAUGAGGUAAUGUCAGAACCAGGUUUUGAACCGUGUGACCCGUACGUUGGAAAAACCUGCCAGAUCUGGGUCAGAUAGGGUUUAAAGAGAAAAAACAUUCGGGGAGAAGGAAUCCCGCCGUCCUCUGAAGCACAAUAUUCAUUUGUUGUCAUGGUGAUCAUCUGUUUCUGUUUUCUACAACCAUUGUGACCCACCAGCGAUGGGUUAUUCUGUAAAUACAGGAAGGAAAUAUGUAUAUUUUAAAUCAAUUCUGUAUAAAUGUUUUUAGAAAAAAAGAAACCCUGAUAGACUGGAUUAAAAAAACAAAAAUGUCUGUAAAUCUACAGUUAUUGAACCCUAAUAGAUAUACCAGAACAUGAACGGACUGUCGACUUUUUUUGUACAUUAAAAUCUACUGAAUUUCCACAGAAAA